UUGAUCCAGUGCAGGGCGAGCACCCAGAAAGGCAUACAGAGGGCCAGUAUAUAUACGGAGCUGCCUGCAGCGUCACUGGUUCUUCCUGCAGGAGCACAAGCUGGGCCACUGUGUCCGUCAGACAUGGCUCGCCUGGCCUUCCCUGUCUUCCUCGUUGUUUGCUUCUCUUUGCUCCGCGUCAGCUGCAGCCGUCCUCCUCGGAUCAGAAAGGCCGUGUCGCCUGGAGCUGCGGAUGAAGAUGACGUGAAAGCCCAGAUUGAGAAGUUGUGGCAAGAGGUGAACUCACUGAAGGAGAUGCAGGGAUUGCAAACAGUUUGUCUCCGUGGCAUCAAAGUUCACAGGAAGUGUUAUCUUACAAGUGAAGAGCCACGACACUACCAUGAGGCAAAUGAAGACUGUAUAGCUCAAGGGGGAACUCUGGCAACACCCCGGGACGUGAUGGAAAACAAUGAACUGAGAGACUACGCAAAGAGGAGUGCCCUCGGAUCCAAGGACUUCUGGAUCGGUGUGGCAGACAUUGUGAAAGAGGGCCAGUAUGUUGAUGUCAACAGUCUGCCAGUCACUUACUUCAACUGGGACCGCUCCAAGAAGCAGCCCACAGGAACCAAGAGGGAGAGCUGUGUUGCUCUUUCAGUUGCAGCACAAGGAAGGUGGUAUGAUGAGGUGUGCCGCAGCCUGAAGAAGUACAUCUGUGAAUAUGUCAUUCCUUAAAAUUAAUAUAGAUGGCUCGGUAAUUAAAACUUUGCUAAACUGUAAUGUUGAUAAUGUGCCAAUGGUGGAAACAUGAGUUGUUAUUGAACAUGAACUAUAAAGAUUGUUUUAAUUGAA